AUGGAACUUCCAAAUAUUAUACUUAUUGUUAUUCUUCUUUCGUUGGUGCUUGAGUGCUUUCCAAAACGUAACUUUGUGAUGAAAAUAACUAAAAUAGAAUGUAUUGCCAGAGCCGAUGUUAUAAACAUCAACUGCACCGAGACGAAAUCAAAUCGAGUUGCUGGCUUUAAUAUUUUUGUAAUUAUGUCUGAAGACAUUUACGAGUUGCGGUAUGAUUUGGAAGUAAAAUAUAAAAUCAAGAAAGGUCGGUGGGAGAAUUUCUUUAAGUUCAAAAACAUCGAUGUUUGUGAAUUUGUUGCAGCAAAGUUCAAUGUGCCAAUUUUACUUAUUGCUCGAAAUAUAAUGAGGAAAUAUAGUAAUUAUCCGGAGGAGUGUCCAUUUAAGAAGGACACAGUUUACUAUGUACAAAGGAUGAAAAUGGAUCCAGAACAAUUCCCGCCAUAUUUUCCGGAAGGUGCAUUUGCAGCUUCUGGAAUUUUGUAUAGUUCGAAGUAUAAGUCGUUUGUGGAUUACAAGAUGGAGUUUUUAAUCGAAUCGAAAAAUAAACGAGGGCAAGUUUCAUGA